AGCGCGAAGCCGUCAUAUUUUUAGUAAUCGUUAUUUUAGUAUUUAAAUAACCGUAUUAUUGUGUAUCGAUCAUGAUAAAAGUUAUCAUAAAUCCUAAUUGUAAUAAGCAUAAUAUUGUAAUAUUUUUAAAUAUUUUCAAAUACUUUUAUGUUUUAUAGAUAUUUUUUAAAUAAUUAUUUAGAAAUAAUAAAUUCACAAAAUGUUUUCGUCCUUUGAGCCAACGAAAUAUAUUGGUUGGAAAGAGAUCUCGCCUUUCGGCAUUCUGAUCGGACUGUUUGCGGCAUCGUAUUGGCUUCUGCUGAUUAUGACCCCUUCUUCGACCUUUGUACUGCCAUUGUGCCCCUUCUCAUCCCCUCAUUUAAAAGGGCCUAUCAAACCGUUAUUGACAGUUUUAUCGGACGAACAAAUUAUGUCCGCCAAUCCGGCAGUGCAGCGCGGUGGCCGCUUCCGGCCAGCGGACUGCGAGGCGAGGUCCCGCGCGGCGGUUGUGGUGGCCUACCGGGAUCGGGCUGCACAUUUGCAAAUGCUUCUCAGCAAUCUCCAUCCAGUUAUGCAACGGCAGCAACUGGACUAUACAAUUUUUGUUGUGGAACAAGCGGGAACCGGCAUAUUUAACAAAGGUACGCUGUUUAAUGCGGCUUUCAUGGAGAUCAACGCCACUGGACGCUUCGAUUGUUUUGUCUUUCAUGACGUGGAUGUGUAUCCGGAGAACGACAGUAACUCGUACGGCUGCCGAGCGGAACCGACGCUUUUAGCGACCGCCAUGAAUAAAUUCCGCUAUAAACCGUUGUAUGACCAUUUUUUCGGGGCGGCGGUUUCGCUAUCGGCGCGGCACUUUACCGAGAUAAAUGGGUACCCGAAUGUGUAUUGGGGCUGGGGUGGGGAAGAUGACGACAUUGGACGUCGCGUACAGAGAAAAUUCGGCAGUAUUUCUCGAUCACCUUUAAGUAUCGGUCGCUACACAAUGGCAACGCACAAAAGUGACGAAGGAAAUCCGAAGAAUAAACGGCGCUUCGAUCUGGUCAAUACGGCGCAGCGGCGCUUCGACAGUGAUGGUCUGAACAGUCUGAAUUAUACGCUGCUCACGAAACAGUUCCGACCGCUUUACACGUGGUUCUUUGUGGAUGUUGGAUACCCGGUGGAUUUCGAAGCCGAUUAACUUAAAAAUUUGCUUAGAGAACAUACCAUUAAAAUACCAAUCGGCCAAUGUAUCGUAUAAUCGCGCAAUCGUAUAAGUAAGGUACUUUAUAUCUUCAAAAGGCUACAAUUAUGACCGAUGGGCACUAUUACGGUAAUUGGUCUUUCAGUGAAGAUACAGCGGGAAUUUUCGCGGCCUCAAUUAUGGUUACUAACGGCAAUGCAGAGAGCGAAAAAGCUAAAUGAACUUUUGCUGCAAAUGACGUGAUGAAUGCACACUGCGCACUGGAUGUGAUCAUUUUUAAAACUUUUUUUAUAGAACCCUGGCUAUUCCCACCACCUCACACCACCUUUUGGCUAUUCGCACCACCUUUUUUAAAUAAUUUGCCAACAAAAGAUUUCGUGACUGAAGGUCAAAGCUUCGCCGUUAGCAGCGCUCUUUCUUUACGGUUGGGGCCGCCGCCGGCCAGAAAAGUAUCGAAGGAGGUGUAAAAAGGUGGUGUCAAUAGCCAAAGUUGGUGCAAAAAUAUUUUUAAAAAAGGGGUGCAAAUAGUCAAAACGUGGUGAAAGAUCGUGAGAAUAGCCAAUUGCAAGGGAGGUGCUUGGGUGGCGAAAAUAGCCAUUCCUU